AUUUGGAUGGGACGCCGACGAUAUUGGACGCGUCUGGAGGCAUGGAGAGUCAGCUUUGCGCAGCACCGUGACGCCGAGAAUCGCGUGAGAUGCAAACUCGAAAUUUGGAAACCCCAUAAUUCCCCCACUUUGCGAUUCAAUUCUCCUUCCCAAGAGCCAUGUCGUCCAUGCUUGCAGGCCCCUUGUCAGACCACUGUUUCACUUCAGUUGCGCACCACGGUACGCCCAAGGGCAAAAGCAUCACUAUCGCUGGCGUACCCACAUACCUAUCUGCUCCGGAAGCUCCUGCUGCGUCCGGGGUGGAGACCGUCAUCCUAUACUUCUCGGAUGUCUUUGGGCCAUUCUACAUCAAUGCUCAAUUGGUUCAAGAUUACUACGCUUCUCAGGGUUUUACUGUGGUUGGGAUAGAUUACUUUUUUGGUGAUCCUGUGCAUCUGCAUCUCAACAAGCCUGGAUUUGAUCGCCCGACAUGGCGAACAAAGUCCGUCGAGCAGGCGAAGGCUAGCGUCCCAAAAUGGGUGGAUGGUGUCAAGGAAAUGUUUGGCACGAAUGUGAACUACUGUGCUGUUGGUUUCUGUUUCGGCGCGCCCUAUGUCUUUCAGGUUGCAGCUACUGAUAUGCUGUCGUGCGCCGCUGUGGCUCAUCCCACGAGCUUGACUGAGGAGCUUCUGAGAGCCAGCAAAGUGCCCCUGCUAUUCUCUUGCGCAGAAACGGACUCUGCAUUCCCGGCGCCGUUCCGACGACGCGUUGAAGACAUUCUUGUGGAGAAGAAGGCAACAUACUAUUUCCAGAUAUUCAGCGGUGUAUCACAUGGCUUCGGAACAAGGGCAGACAUAGAAGUCGAGACUGAAAGGUGGGCGAAGGAGGAAUGCCAACGUGGGAUGGUGGGAUGGUUCAAACGCUUUACGAGUAGCAAGUGAUAUAUGUCGUUAUUAAACGAAAUCGCAAACUGUUUUGGUAAAUCAUACUCACCUUGUAGCCUUGCUCCGGAUGGAUUCAAAUGUUAUCAGGGCUAGAUAUUGCUGGCAUUCUGUGGAC